CCAUCGCCGCUAGUUUGUUGCUAGGUAGAGUGACGUCACGAGUUUCGGUGACAGCCUCUUGCUUGGUUUGUUUGUUGGAAUCGGCCUAGGGGUUCGGUAUAAUCCACCCAAAUCCUUCGUUUUGACGCUUCCCGGGAGCGCGGAAAGGAAAGGAACACAGAAGGCACUCUUUGAUCUAUCGCCCCGGCACUAUUUUAUGCUUCCUAGUGCCGGAUGGAAAACGUCAAUCGAUGGUGAAAAGUGGCCCGGGCUUUUAGAGACCAAUAGCUGGGGAAGGAGGAACGGGCCCGCACAGCAGGAUGGAGUUGAGAGUCGGUAACCGGUAUCGGUUGGGCCGAAAGAUCGGCAGCGGCUCGUUCGGGGACAUAUACUUGGGCACUGAUAUUGCAGCGGCGGAAGAAGUUGCAAUCAAGUUAGAAUGUGUGAAAACAAAACAUCCUCAGCUUCAUAUUGAGAGCAAGAUCUAUAAAAUGAUGCAAGGAGGGGUGGGAAUUCCAACAAUAAAAUGGUGUGGCGCAGAAGGUGAUUACAAUGUCAUGGUCAUGGAGUUACUGGGACCAAGUCUGGAAGACCUCUUUAAUUUCUGUUCCAGGAAAUUUAGCUUGAAAACUGUUCUCCUUCUUGCUGACCAGAUGAUCAGCCGAAUCGAAUACAUCCAUUCCAAAAACUUCAUCCAUCGGGAUGUGAAGCCUGACAACUUUCUGAUGGGACUUGGAAAGAAAGGCAAUCUAGUAUACAUCAUUGAUUUUGGGCUGGCCAAAAAAUACAGAGAUGCUCGCACACACCAGCAUAUACCAUAUCGUGAAAACAAGAACCUAACCGGAACGGCUCGCUAUGCAUCUAUUAACACCCACCUCGGAAUAGAACAAUCACGCAGAGAUGAUUUAGAGUCUCUUGGAUAUGUUCUUAUGUACUUUAACCUUGGUUCCCUCCCAUGGCAAGGGUUAAAAGCUGCCACCAAGAGGCAAAAAUAUGAACGAAUCAGUGAAAAGAAGAUGUCUACACCAAUAGAAGUUCUUUGUAAAGGCUAUCCAUCUGAGUUUGCUACAUACCUGAAUUUUUGUCGGUCCUUACGUUUCGAUGAUAAGCCAGACUAUUCUUACUUACGACAACUCUUCAGAAAUCUGUUCCACAGACAAGGCUUUUCAUAUGACUACGUGUUUGACUGGAACAUGUUGAAAUUUGGUGCAAGUCGUGCAGCUGAAGAUGCUGAGCGUGAAAGGAGAGAAAGAGAAGAAAGGCUCAGACACACAAGGAACCCUGCUGCAAGAGGCAUACCCUCUACUGCUUCUGGCAGACUACGAAGCACUCAGGAAGUAGCGCCAUCCACUCCAAUUACCCCAACGUCACACACUGCAAACACCUCUCCUCGACCUGUAUCCGGAAUGGAACGUGAGCGAAAAGUCAGUAUGAGAUUGCACCGGGGUGCUCCAGUUAAUGUAUCUUCCUCUGAUUUAACUGGCAGACAAGAUACCUCACGCAUGUCAACUUCUCAGAAUAGCCUUCCUUUCGAGCAUCCCGGUCAAUAAGAGCUCACCUCGUUGGUUGAAGGCAGCUCUCGAUUCCAAGUCGUGUGACUUCCAGUGGUCUUCCAUCAACAGUACACCGAUGAACACGUUCCCCACGCAGGGCGUAUAGUGCAUGGCUGAUCUUACAUUGGCUUCACGAGCAAACCGUAUCACAAAAAACAAAAUAAAAAAAAAUAAAAGCUAAUCUCUAAAGAGAAGGAAUCCCAGGUGGUGUUUUCCAUGCUUUUAAAUGAUGAUGUUUUGUGAAUGGAAUCGUAUUUACCAGCUGCCGACGUGAAGUUUCGAGCAAACUUCUAUUGCGGCAAAAGCAGGCGUAGACUGUCACAAGCGCCAAAUCUAGAAUUGCCAUUUUAUUUUACCUUUCAAUGGCCCUUUUUAUUCUACUGUAUCUAAUUGGUUUUUGGAGAUUUGUAUUAGUUUGCUAAAUAACCUCACAUGUAUAUAUACUGCAUAUAACUGUGCCAGUUUUGUCUGUCUAUUACUUUCACAAGGACAGUGUAGAAGGUAGUUGGAGAAUAGCAGUUCUGCCCUGUUAAGGACAUGGGCAGGACCAUUUUUUUGUAAGAGACCAUGGGCUUGGAUGAAAGUUUUUAAAAUUGUGAAUGGAAUAUGUAGAUUAUAUAAUUUAAUGCUCCACUGAAAUGCACUCAUCACUCAUUCCUGAACUGAAAGGUGAGCGUGUGACAUUUUUAAUGUGGGUAGGAUACGUAUAGCAUUCCCAGACACUCUGUGGAUCAGUAGUUAAGGAUUUGUUUUGUAAAGCGUUUGCAGCAGUAAUAUGCAGAAUUCUUAAUUUGUCACUUUUAUGGAUGUCAUGUAUAUAUUUUUUGUUUUAUAAUUUGAUUCCAUAACCCAGACCUUGAACAGUGCAUUAAAGCAGCACCCGUUGUAGCAGUGAGGUGCCUUUUUAAAACUUGCAUCUGGCUGCUUGUAGCGUAUGACAGGGGGUAGGCCAAGUAAUAUGUAAAAAUGUCAAUAAAAUAUCCUGAGCUACCCAUUUUCCUGAACAGGAUGAAAUUAUUUUCCCUUAGAUCGUUUCCAUAUAGGGAUUGUGCAAUACGGGGCGGGGGGGGGGGGGUCCAAAUGUUAAAUGUAGUCCACAAAUGUCUUUUAAAAUUUUAAAAAAAAAUGUAUGCUCUUCACUAGAUGUAUAAUCCUUGUAUAUUUUAAGGUACAGGAGCAAGAAGCCUGUUUACUAGAUGGAUAUUCGCAAUAGAUGGCGAUUUUGUGUUUUUAAGAUCGUUCUUACUGAGUGUUUUCCACAUUUUGAGGAUUGUAAUGGAAAGACUUGUAUGUGUAUGCUAGUUAACAUGUAAUAUUUUCCGCAUGUCUCCUGUUCUUUGUACAAUUCUGCGCGUGGUUUCUCUGUAAAUAUUAGUGGAUGUCAUGCUAACUUACAGUCCUACUUUUCUAACCACUGUACACAAGUUCUCUGUGGACUAGAUUGGGAAGCAUACCGAACAACCUUUAAAGGGGGCGACUUAUCCCCCUCUUUGGCCAUAACAGUAUGUACUGCUGAGAUCUGAAAACAUUCUGAAUGAUACUUAUUGCUCAGCUACCAGUUUGUAUCACUACUGUAUUUGUGUACUUUACAAAGGUGUGUAAAUAAUAAAUUCAUAACUUCUA